AUGUUCUCGCUCCGGCCGCCGCGACCUUCCUUCAGGUCCUACCUGCUGCCGCCCCAGGCCGACGACCAGGCGGGCAACUCCGAGCCCAAGAUCAAGAAGCUGGAGCCGGUGCUUUUGCCAGGGGAGAUCGUGGUCAACGAAGUGAACUUUGUGAGGAAAUGCAUCGCGGCCGACACGAGCCAACACGACCUGUGGGGGAAGCUGGUUUGCAGCAACUUCCGGAUCUCUUUCCUCACCGAUGACCCGAUGCCCUUCCAGAAGUUCCGCUACCGCAACCUCCUUCUGGGGGAGCAUGACGUUCCGCUGACAUGCAUCGAGCAGAUUGUUACAGUGAAUGACCACAAGAGGAAGCAGAAAGUCCUGGGCCCCAACCAGAAACUGAAAUUCAACCCCACGGAGUUGAUCAUCUACUGUAAAGAUUUCAGGAUCGUCCGAUUUCGCUUUGAUGAAUCGGGUCCCGAAAGUGCCAAAAAGGUGUGCCUUGCCAUAGCUCAUUAUUCCCAGCCAGCAGACCUCCAGCUACUCUUUGCAUUUGAAUAUGUUGGGAAAAAAUACCACAAUUCAGCCAGCAGGAUGAAUGGCGCGUGCCCCGCAGGCAGUGGGGCCCCCCAGACACCCCUGUUUGAGACGUAUUCGGAUUGGGACCGUGAGGUGAAGAGGACGGGCGCCUCAGGGUGGCGUGUGUGCUCCAUCAACGAGGGCUACAUGAUCUCCACGUGCCUGCCCGAGUACUUCGUGGUGCCCAGCUCCUUGGCCGACCAGGAUCUCAAGAUCUUUUCGCACUCCUUUGUGGGGAGAAGGAUGCCACUCUGGAGCUGGAGCCACGCCAACGGCAGCGCCCUGGUGCGGACGGCCCUGGUCAAGGAUGCCCUGCAGCGGCGCAAGAUCGACCAGCGAAUUUGUAACGCCGUGACCAGGAGCCACCCACAGAGGAGCGACGUGUACAAGUCGGACCUGGAGAAGGCCCUGCCCAGCAUCCAGGACGUCCAGGCGGCCUUCAUGAAGCUCAAGCAGCUGUGUGUGAGCGAGCCCUUUGAAGAGACGGAGGAGAGGUGGUUUUCUUCUCUGGAAAACACUCGGUGGCUAGAGUAUGUAAGGACGUUCCUCAGACACUCGGCAGAGCUCGUGUACGUGCUGGAGGACCGGCACCUUUCCGUCGUCCUGCAAGAGGAGGAGGGCAGGGACCUGAGCUGCGUGGUGGCGUCCCUGGUGCAAGUGAUGCUGGACCCGCACUUCCGCACCAUCACCGGCUUCCAGAGUCUGGUCCAGAAGGAGUGGGUGAUGGCGGGCUACCAGUUCCUCGACCGCUGUGACCACCUGCGAAGGUCGGGGAAGGAGUCGCCCCUGUUCCUGCUCUUCCUGGAUGCCACAUGGCAGCUCCUGGAGCAGCAGCCUGGCGCCUUCGAGUUCUCGGAGACCUACCUGGCGGUGCUGCUGGACAGCACCCGCGUGUCGCUCUUCGGCACCUUCCUCUUCAACUCCCCACACCAGCGCGUGCAGCAGAGUACGGAGUUCGCCAUUAGCAAGAACAUCGAGCUGGGCGACGAGAAGGGCCUGGCGUUCCCGUCCGUCUGGGACUGGGCGCUGCAGUUCUCCGCCCAGGACCGCAGCCUCUUCCUCAACCCGGCCUACGUGGGCAAGAGCGCGCCCUGCCUGCAGCGUGCCCGGCUUUCCCGGCGCCCCAAGAAAAGCUCCAGCUCCACGCUCCGGGGACUGCCGGCCACCUUCAGGAACGGGGUCCUCAGUGGCACGGGGGUGCUGCCCAGAAGAAACUCGCUCGUCCUCACAGUCCGGCCAGAGCCACGGCCGCCAGAGGAGACCGCCGGGCCGAGCGGGGGGAUGGACGCCUACUUCAGGGAGUGGUGCUCCCGGCCCGUGGACCUGCACGGGGUGCUCCUGCCGCACCUCUCAGCGGCCCACAUCAAACUCUGGAAGCUCUGCUACUUCCGCUGGGUCCCCGAGACGCAGAUCCACCUCGGGGGCUUCGUCACGGCCUUCCACAAGCUCUCGGUGCUGGCCGACGAGGUGGACACGCUGAGCAGGACGUUGGGGCAGCCCGGCGAGCUGGGCCCAGGCCGCCACGACAACCACCACCUCUACUUCCGGGCCGGGGGGCCCCAGGCUGCAGGGACCCCCGACUUCCUUUCCUCCUCUUUCCCCUUCUCUCCCGUUGGCAACUUCUGCCGCCGCAGCAUCCUGGGGACGCCGCUGAGCAAGUUUUUGAGUGGGGCCAAGAUCUGGUUGUCCACCGAGACGCUGGCCAACGAAGACUGAGCCGGCGGAACUUUCCGAAGCAUCCUUGCCCACGCCCCGGGGAGCUGUUCCUGUCCCAACUGAGCCCCACUGGGCUCCAGGGCUCCAGGCCACUGCCCUGCCUCUGGGUCCUGGGCCCUGAUCGCUGCUCAAGGCUUCAGACUUGCCUUUCCCUUGGCGGGUCCUGCUUAGGAUUGUCCCGCCCACCGUCUGCCAUAACAAUAGAAACACAAGUGCCUUGGACCUGAACACUGAGGGCUGUGCCAGGAACAAAAAUCUGGGGUGUUGGGGGCCAAAGUGGCUGACCUGCGUUGGACCCUGGCAUCCCAGGGUCCCUAAGCACCUCAGGGAGUGAUUCUUGAAUGCAGAGUAACCCCUAAUCAGGGAGGCUCCAGCCUACAGCUCCCAGUUUCCUUCAGGUUGUCAUGACCAAACCUCCUGUACCUGAAGCUCAUGUGACCUGGGGCUCCUGGCUCCCUCCCGAAAUGAACCCCUCUGUGUUUCAGGAUGGACGUGUCCACUUUGGCUGUCCUUAUCCUCUUUCACACCAUUUCAACUAGCUGCCUCCUUCCCACCUUUCUCGAACAGGCUUUCUGCAGCUUCUGUUCUUCCCUUUGAAGCACCGAAGGCCUUUGGGGUUUACACAAUUGCUUGAGGUGUUGCAGGAGACACUGCCAAGUCCUUCCCAGGAAAGUGCCCUUUUUGGCCUGGCAUGGCCUGCCAUGCCGAGGUCCCCGUGCCCUUCCUCACAAGCUGCUUGGGUACCAGUUGUCGAAAACCUGGUAUCUUAAGGGAGGGUAGAUCAUUUUGGCCUUUUUCAUAUUUUCCUGUCUGAGUCAUUUUUAACUUCCAAGAUUAAAAGGGAUCAGGUGCCACUGAUGUGUGUGACGGAUGCGGUAGACCAUGUGAGCAAUGGGGCCAGCCCUGGGACAGAUGCCCAUGGCCCCGCCGCAGCCUGACUUUUCAGGGCUCUGGGUGGACCCAGCCGUGUGUGUGGCCAGAGCGAUUGUGGGGAGACGGGCAAGGUUCUUACCUCGAAUGUGGCUGACCAGGUUUGAUCUCAGCACCCCAUGUGACCACUGAACCCCAUUGGGUGUGGCCCCAAACAGAAAUAAAGUUAUGUGGCCUCUUA